CGUCGUGCUUGUUUUCAAAACAAUCGACAGACAUCUCACAUCAAAUCGAGGUCAGAGGAGAGUAUCCAAAAUGGAAGAAAAUGGGGUAUAUUCAAGGUCCCAAGAUAAAUUUGUAAACCUUCAUGAAAAGUGGGUGACAAAAGGAAAUAUUUCUUAUUUAAAUUCGGAGAGGGAAGAGUAUACUGAUGGUAAUGGUUUAUCGACAGAUUAUGAUUUAUCUUUACAAAUUGAAAACAUAAAGCUCAAGUCUAAACUAGAGCAGGCUAAUGCUAACAUCAUGAGGUUACUAAAAGAAAAAGAUGAUUUACAAGAAGAGCUUCAUUCUACCAAAACAACUUAUCAUCAUUUGGAUAUAAAAGGAGUUGUCCAAAAAUUAGAGCAAGAAAUAUAUGUCUUGGAAGAGCAACUCGAUCGUCAAAGAAAACAUUAUAAUCAAGAACACACUGUUCUCAAUAAUGAACUAAAAUUGGAACGAAAGAAACAAGAGGAAUGGAAGAGCACAUAUCUAAAAUCGCAGGUUGCCAUAAUGUCGUUUAGAAGAAAAAUUGCAACCAUGAAAGACAGAAUUUCGUUUGAAGACAGAGCAGAGCUUUCAAGAUGUUUGGAAAUUGUUAUGGAAAGUGAUUUGGAUAUCUCGUCAAACAGAGAUCCAAAUGCUGAUCAUAAUAAAAAUGUUGUAAACCAUAAAAUGACUGAACAAUCAAGUCAUCAUAAAGACGGACAAUCGAAAUAUAACACACAGCUAAAUCACCAAAUGCGAGUUUCUAAUGAAUUAAGUAAUAAGUAUCCACCUUCAGUAAUUAUUCUUGAUGAAAAAAAUUCUUUUAAUGAUAAUAAUAGCCCAACUAUUGGCAACGAACUUGAUAAUGGAUUUAAUAAAAGUUUUAAUUCUAUUGCUUAUGGCUUUUCACAAAAAGUUGAUAUAGAAUCUGGCAUUAAACAAGAAAAUCAACCUGUAUAUAAGCAUUGGCAUAAUUAUGAUUCACACAACUACCCACGGUUCAUUGAUAAGAGAAAUGUUUCUCAAAAACCUAAUGAGUUUAAAUCUAAAGAAAGUAAUGGUUCUUAUUUAGAUAUUAAUGCUAACAAAUUUUUGGAGCUUAAAUUUGAUUCUUCUGCAGUCAAUCCUGAUUAUACAAGUAAAGAGCAAACAAAGAGUACCACUGUUGAACCUUCCCAUUCUCAAAGCUCUCCCUCUAAGCGAAUAGUGAAUGAAGGAAAAGUUCCUGCAGGUACUCCUUUAGCAGAGCAUCGUAAAUGGUGUUUAACUUGUGAUGUAGAGGUAACAAAAAAGUCUUGUGGUCAUCAAAAUUUGAUAACACAAACAAAUGUAAAAGAGUUUCCAUGUCCUACUUGCUCUCGCGUUUUUAAUAACAGAUCUCAUCUUAAAAGACAUAACAUGAUUCAUUCUGGUGAAAAACCAUGGCCGUGUUCAUACUGUGAAAAAAGAUUUAAUAGAAAAUCACACUUAACUAGACAUUUGCUUACUCAUACUGGUGAAAAACCUUUUAAAUGUCCAAUUUGCAGUAAAGGUUUUGCUGAUAAUAGUGACUUAAAGCGUCAUCGUCAAACACAUCUGAUGAAUAUACCCUCGACUGCUACAUCGCCAACAACUUUAACAGUUAGCGUGUCUUCACCAUCGUUUCCAGAUUCAACUUACUCUUCCAGAGCAAAUAGCUUAGUUACCAUACUUCCUAAACUUUCUAAACUAGAUUCUCAAAAUGCAGACAGUUUAUCUUCUGGUAAUUUAUCAACAACACCUUCAAUUGAAAAUGCUUCAUUAAAUGUGUUAGAUAAAAAAGAGCGUAAGAAGGGUGAUCCCCGAUUUCCGUGUAAUAAAUGCCAUAAAGUGUUCACAAGAAAAUCACAUUUAACUCGCCAUAAGUUAACUCAUGACUUAGAAAAAAUUUAUUGCGAUUGCGGUAGAGUUUUCAAACAAAAAUCCCAUAUGCAAGCUCACUUACCUUCCUGCAAACGAAGACGCGAUGCAAUUGAAGCAAAAUAUAAGGCUGAACAUGGUGAAUGUAGCGAUCUUGAUCUUUCAACAUCUAUGGUUAUGAAUUCUUUAUAUUCAAGUAAUACUUCUAUAAAAACUGAACAAGAUAAUGAUCAUUUUGGAGAAAAUGAUCAAACACCUAAUAGUAUUGCGCGCAAUAGAGUCGGAACUUUGCCAUCACAAAUUUAGUAAAAUGAUUUAUAAUUUUUAAACUAAAAUAUCUAUUUUUUUAUAUAUUCAUUUCUUUGAAUACUUAAGUGAAAUCUCUCAGACAUUUCUUUUUGAUAUGUUCUUAGUCAAUUAACAAAAUUUUUGUAUUUGUGUAAAUUUAAACAUAAUUUAAUUGUAAUCAAACGAUUUAAACGUGAAUGCGAAACGCGAAAUGUUUUUUUUUACUCAUUUUUAAAAUUAAUUUUCGUGUAAUUCAACAGUUUAUUAUGGUGUGUGGUAAAUGAGAUUUUGCGGGAAUAAAUUUUUUUUGAAUUUAUCUGUA